ACUUUAUUAUUCUAGCAUCACGGCAGCAGGUUUCUGCUAAGUUUGGAGUUACUCGUGUCACCACAACUGUAUGUCUGCCUGAAAGUGGUUUAAAAACAGGGGCUCAGCAGCACAAGGAGUCUGCAUGUCUGCUUAGACAUGCUCAGCUUUGUGGAUACCCGGAUUCUGUUGCUGCUUGCAGUAACUUCAUACCUAGCAUCAUGUCAAUUUGCGGGUCCAAGAGGAGCGAAAGGACCUCGAGGUGACCGGGGUCCUCCCGGCCCAAAUGGAAAAGAUGGUUUACCCGGACUUCCUGGCCCCGCUGGCCCCCCUGGUCCCCCUGGACUUGGAGGAAACUUUGCUGCUCAGUACGAUGGUGUAAAAGGCCCUGAUCCUGGCCCUGGACCCAUGGGUUUGAUGGGACCAAGAGGCCCUCCCGGACCUCCUGGAGCUUCUGGACCUCAGGGACACACAGGACACGCUGGUGAGCCUGGAGAGCCCGGACAGGCCGGCGCUGUUGGUCCUCGUGGCCCUCCUGGACCUCCUGGCAAAGCUGGAGAAGAUGGUAACAAUGGCAGACCUGGCAAGCCCGGAGACAGAGGUGUCCCCGGCCCUCAGGGUGCUCGUGGAUUCCCUGGAACCCCUGGACUUCCAGGAAUGAAGGGACACAGAGGAUACACUGGCCUGGAUGGACGCAAGGGAGAGCCCGGUGGUGCUGGCCCCAAGGGCGAGCCUGGUGCUCAUGGAGCUGCUGGAAGCCCUGGACUGGCUGGAGCUCGUGGUCUUCCUGGUGAGAGAGGCCGCCCCGGCCCUGCUGGCCCUGCUGGUUCUCGUGGUGCUGAUGGCAAUGUUGGACCUACUGGCCCUGCUGGACCCCUCGGUGCUGCUGGACCCCCAGGAUUUCCCGGUGGCCCCGGCCCCAAGGGAGAGACCGGACCCGUGGGAGCUACUGGCCCAUCUGGACCUCAGGGAUCUAGAGGCGAGCCCGGACCCAAUGGUGCUGUUGGCCCCGUUGGUCCCUCUGGUAACCCUGGUGCUAAUGGCCUGAAUGGAGCUAAGGGAGCUGCUGGCACCCCUGGUGUUGCCGGAGCUCCUGGCUUCCCUGGACCAAGAGGAGGACCCGGACCACAGGGACCUCAGGGUGCUGCUGGACCUAGAGGCCUGGGUGGAGAUCCUGGUGUUCAGGGUAUAAAGGGAGAUACUGGUCCCAAAGGAGAACCUGGUAACUCUGGACCUCAGGGAGCCCCCGGACCUCAGGGUGAGGAGGGCAAGAGAGGACCCACUGGUGAGCUCGGUGCUACUGGGCUUGCUGGUGCCCGUGGAGCUAGAGGUGCUCCUGGCAGCCGUGGCAUGCCUGGUGGUGAGGGAAGAACUGGCCCUGUUGGUAUGCCUGGUGCCCGUGGUGCUUCUGGUGCUGCUGGACCUCGUGGACCCCCUGGAGAUGCUGGCCGUGCUGGUGAGCCUGGCCCAGCUGGUCUCAGGGGUCUCCCAGGAAGCCCUGGAAGCUCUGGACCCCCAGGAAAGGAGGGACCUUCUGGUCCUUCUGGACAAGAUGGCCGCAGUGGACCUCCAGGCCCAAGUGGACCUAGAGGCCUGUCCGGAAACAUUGGUUUCCCUGGACCCAAAGGACCUUCUGGUGAGCCUGGCAAGCCUGGAGAGAGGGGAGCCACUGGCCCCACUGGACUGAGAGGACCCCCUGGACCUGAUGGCAACAAUGGAGCCACUGGUGCUACUGGACCUGCUGGAGGACCUGGUGAGAAGGGAGAGCAGGGACCUUCUGGUGCUCCUGGCUUCCAGGGUCUGCCUGGACCCGCUGGAACUGCUGGUGAGGCUGGCAAGCCUGGAGACAGAGGUAUCCCAGGAGAGCCAGGACCUGCUGGAGCUGCUGGUGGCAAGGGAGAGCGUGGUAACCCUGGUGCUGCUGGAUCUACUGGACCUCAGGGACCAAUUGGAGCCCGUGGACCUGCUGGAACCCCUGGAGCUGAUGGUGGCAAGGGAGAGCCUGGUCCUGCUGGAGCUGCUGGUGCACCUGGACAUCAGGGAGCCGGUGGCAUGCCCGGAGAGCGUGGAGGUGCUGGUACUCCUGGACCCAAGGGAGAGAAGGGAGAGCCUGGACACAAAGGCCCUGACGGCAAUCCUGGCAGAGAUGGUCCCCGUGGUCUGCAAGGACCUGCUGGACCUCCAGGACCCACUGGAGCCAACGGUGAUAAGGGUGAGGGUGGUUCCUUCGGACCUGCCGGCCCAGCUGGACCUCGUGGACCCUCUGGCGAACGUGGAGAGGUUGGACCCGCUGGAGGUCCUGGAUUCGCUGGCCCCCCUGGUGCUGAUGGUCAACCUGGAGCAAGAGGAGAGCGUGGACCUUCAGGAGGAAAGGGAGAAGUUGGCCCCUCUGGCCUCGCUGGACCUGCUGGACAGUCUGGACCUGCUGGUCCUGCUGGCCCUGGUGGACCUCCUGGUGCUCGUGGAGACAAUGGACCUUCUGGUCUGACUGGUUUCCCUGGUGCUGCCGGCAGAGUUGGUGCUGCUGGUCCUGUUGGUAUUGUUGGACCCCCUGGCCCCGCUGGUCCCUCUGGUAAGGAUGGACCUCGUGGUCCUCGUGGUGAUGCUGGUCCCACUGGUCCUUCUGGAGAGUCCGGAAUGAUUGGACCAUCUGGUCUUGCUGGAGAGAAGGGACCCAGUGGAGAGUCUGGCCCCCCUGGUCCUCCUGGUACUCCUGGAACUUCUGGUCCUCUUGGACUUCAGGGAUUCGUUGGUCUGCCUGGUUCUAGAGGAGAUCGUGGUACACCUGGUGCUGUUGGUGGUGUGGGAGAGCCUGGUAGAGUUGGACCUGCUGGUCCCCCUGGAGCCCGUGGAACCCCUGGCAACAUUGGCCUGCCUGGUAUGACCGGACCCCAGGGAGAGGCUGGACGUGAGGGCAACACUGGUAACGAUGGACCUCCUGGUCGUCCUGGUGCUGCUGGAUUGAAGGGAGACCGUGGUGAGCCUGGAUCUGCUGGCGCCAUGGGACUUGCUGGUGCCCCUGGACCUGCUGGACCCACUGGAGCUGCCGGCAGACCUGGAAACCGUGGAGAGGCUGGCCCAUCAGGUUCCUCUGGAGCUGUUGGCCCCGCUGGAGCUAGAGGUGCCCCUGGACCUGCUGGACCUCGUGGUGAGAAGGGAGUUGCUGGAGACAGGGGAGAGAGAGGCAUGAAGGGUCUGCGUGGACAUCCUGGUCUCCAGGGAAUGCCUGGACCUUCUGGACCUUCCGGUGACACUGGUGCUGCUGGAGCUCAUGGACCUUCUGGACCCAGAGGACCUGCUGGACCCCAUGGACCCGUUGGUAAGGAUGGCAGACCUGGUGCCCAUGGUACUAUGGGUGCUCCUGGUCCUCGUGGACCCAAUGGAUACACCGGACCAGUGGGUCCUCCCGGACCUCCCGGUCUGCCUGGACCUCCCGGCCCUGCUGGUGGUGGAUACGAUGUCUCCGGAGGAUAUGAUGAGUACAGAGCUGACCAGCCUGCUCUGAGAGCCAAGGACUACGAGGUCGAUGCCACCAUCAAGUCUCUCAACACUCAGAUCGAGAACCUGCUCACCCCUGAGGGAUCCAGGAAGAACCCUGCCCGCACCUGCCGUGACAUCAAGCUCAGCCACCCUGACUGGAGCAGCGGAUUCUACUGGAUCGACCCCAACCAGGGCUGCACCAACGAUGCCAUCAAGGUCUUCUGCGACUUCACCACCCGUGAGACCUGCAUCUACGCCCACCCUGAGAGCAUCGCCCGCAAGAACUGGUACAGAAGCACAGAGAACAAGAAGCACGUCUGGUUCGGUGAGACCAUCAACGGUGGCACUGAGUUCACCUACAACGAUGAGACCCUCAGCCCCCAGAGCAUGGCCACCCAGCUGGCCUUCAUGCGCCUGCUGUCCAACCAGGCCAGCCAGAACAUCACCUACCACUGCAAGAACAGCGUUGCCUACAUGGACGGUGAGAGCGGCAGCCUGAAGAAGGCCGUGGUACUCCAGGGCUCCAACGAUGUGGAGCUGAGAGCUGAGGGCAACAGCCGCUUCACCUUCUCCGUGCUAGAGGACGGCUGCACUACACACACUGGUGAGUGGAGCAAGACAGUGAUCGAGUACAGAACAAAUAAACCAUCUCGCCUCCCCAUCCUCGACAUUGCACCUUUGGACAUUGGUGGAGCUGAUCAGGAGUUUGGUUUGGACAUUGGCCCAGUCUGUUUCAAAUAAAUAGACUCAUGAUAAAUUAACACCGGAAAAAAAAGAGAGGAAGAACGAAAAAACAAAAACAAAAUCUCUGCCCUUCUAUCUGUGUUCGUUUUUUUUUUUUAUACUGAAUGCUGAUUUCUCUCUGCGCAUCCACUUGCUUACGAUGGGCAACUAUCGGAGAGGACUGAACGGACUGAUCGGAGCGUUGGUGCAAUGCAAAAUAAAUACAGCAACCCAAAGGGACGCGGGAAUACACCUUGUUGUGGGACAUCAUGUCAUCCUUUUGUAAAAAAUAAAAGAAGUGUAAUAAAAACGCUGAAAGUAUGCAUCACUUUGUGGUCUUUGUAUAUCUUCCAAAGAGGAGGUUUAAAACCACAAUUUCCAUGAAAAAAGGUUUAAACUACCUCAUGCCUGUACCUAAAGAAAAUACUAUUACCAAAACCUGGGUCCACAACCGAGAUGUUAUGAUUUCUAAUGCUUCAAGCUUUGUCCCGUAUCGGAAGGUGCUCGGUUACUUGAAGCAAAGAUCUAUGGUGCUAAUAUGCAGCUGUGGAGCAAACCACUUUUUUAACUGUAUUAUUUUGUAUUGACCUUUAAGGAGUCUUGCAAUCUUCCCCUGAUAUUCCUCCAUUCUAAGCAGGUGGAAUGAGUCUAAACCUGAUGUUUAGGGUUUUUAUUCUUUUGUUUUCUUUUUUUCUAGAUUUUAUUUUUCUUUGUUUGUUUGUUUUUUUUCCCUUCAGGCUUUUUCACUCUUCCAAUCCCACACCCAGUGUUCAUUCUGACAGCACAUAAUUCAUCUCGUUCUGAAUGGUUUUUUUAAGGCGGCCUCUCUCUCAAAAAAUGACACAACAAAGUCUAUUGUACCUAUUUUGUAUAUGUGAGAUGUUUAAAUAAAUUGUGAAAAGUUCUGAAAUAAAGCAUGUCCAAUGUUCCAAAACACA